AUGGCAGUCGUGUCGGCAAAAACGCCGGCUGUUAAGCUGAACACCGGCUAUGAGAUGCCGCAGAUAGGUAUAGGCACGUGGCAGGCUACCGGUGAUCCCGUACGACAGGCCGUUAAGGACGCCCUGGCCAUUGGCUACAGACACGUCGACACCGCCUAUAUCUACAAUAACGAGAAGGAGGUGGGAGAGGGUAUUAACGCCCAAAUCGGCGCCGGUAUCCUCAAGCGGGAGGACCUGUUCAUCACAACUAAGGUGUGGCCGGACGGCAGUAACCGGAAGAAGGCGUUGGAGUCUAUCCACAACUCGCUCACUAAAUUGAACGUCACUUAUUUGGACUUAGUUUUGGUGCACUGGCCUCGAGACAACUACUCCGACACUUAUCAGGGUCUGGAGGACGCCUUUGACCAGAAGUUGGUCCGAUCUAUCGGUGUCUCAAACUUCGGUCGAAACGAAAUCAAUACUCUGAAGAAGACGUGGAAAGUGGUGCCCGCAGUCAACCAAAUCGAUAUCCACCCGACCCUUAACCAGGACGACACCGUUGCCUAUUGUAAUGAAUUAGGUAUCUCUGUUACCGGUUACUCGCCAUUGGGUACCGGAAAACUCAUCCAAGAUCCAACUUUAACCGCUAUUGGCAAGAAGCACAACAAGAGUGCGGCUCAGGUAGCCCUCAGGUGGCAGAUCGAGAGGAAUCUGGUGACAAUUCCCAAGAGUGUCAACAAGAAGUACAUUCAGGAAGACUUCGAGAUCUUUGACUUCACUCUCACCAAAGAUGAGAUCCAAACCAUUCAUGACAUGAAGGCUUAA